AUGCCCGGGUCAUCAGCGCGUAGGCUCUUUGCGCCUUCCGUCGCCGACGGCGCCGACAGCGCGCCGCCUCCGCCGCCGGUACUGCCCGUGAAGCUCGAGCUGGCCUCGGGCACCGGCGACUGGGCGGCGGCGGACGCGGGCGCGGCGAACUGGGUGGCGUGCGAGCUGAAGCACGACCGCGUCGCCUCCCUCCUCUCCCGCGUGGCUCUGGGGCGGGUCGACAACUUGGCGGUGGUUGGAGGAGACGGCAUCCGCAUCUUCCACGGCAGCCCCGGCGCGGAGGGCGGCUUCCUCGUCGACGAGCAGUCCUACUUCGACCGCUUCUGGGAGCACGGCCAGCACGCGGACCGCUUCUUCCUGCUGCUGGAGAAGGCGUAG